CGUUAAUUCAUAAUGGAAGGAGUUGAGUAUUAUACACAGACGCCUUAUGGGCUAAGAGCUAUCCGAGACAUUCAUAAAAGUUCUCCGAAUACAAAGUUGAACAGGGUAGCCCCACUUAGAAGUUCAAGAGCCAAAGAAGCAAGGAUCAGGAGUCCUAGAAGGUACUUAUCAGGCUAUGAAGCUACUCAUUUAUUGGCAGAGGAAUAUAACUCAGCCCAGAAGCAGAAACACCUUUCAAGAGAGAGGACGGAUAACGACCAGGUCAUAAUCACUCCUAAUCUGUCCACUCACCGACCAGUGGGUAGUACAAUUUCUAACUUGCAGGAGUCUGCUUACAAGAGGUCAGCCCAGAAAGACCCCAUCUCUCCAUUUAGCUCUGCUAAGAAAUGCCAGAGCCAAGCGGUGAUGUCUAAUUAUAAAACUGUUGACGAAAGAUCCCCAGUAGCCAAAAGGCUGGAAAUGAAGUAUUAUGAUAAUAAGAAUGCAUAUCAGAAGCCUUAUAUAGUGACUAAUGAACCAGAGAUGCCGCCUUGGCAUCCUCACAAAGCUCAGACGAAGAGUUCAAGGAUCCUUGAUUCUGCGCUAAGUCGGUAUGUGCCUGAUUAUACUCCAUUUCAGCCAAAUCCACCGAAAGGAAUCAAGAGUCAUUCUAUUUUAAAAAUUCCAACAAGCAAGGUUGGCCCUCCGAGCUCGAGACAUACUUCUAGAUCGAAUAGAAGAUCAAGCCUGAAUACCUCGAGACAGCACCCUGAAGAUUCGUAUAGAUCGAUCACUACUGGAUUUGACGGGAUGACAGAAUCAUUUCAAAAUUUGGACCUUGGGACUGGAAGAAGCGAACGUGAUCAUAGUAGUUCAUAUGCAGCCCCUACAUGUCUUUCCUUCAAGAAAUCUCAGAGAAAGUUAUUGUACCCUGUCAUCAAAUGAUUUAUGGAGCAGAUCAAGAUCCUUAGGGAGAUAGAGCAGCUUAAAAUCGAGUUAUGAUCCACAGAGGAUUUCAACCUUCCGGAUGCUUACAAGUUAUUCAGUCUUAAUAAGAUCCCAACUCUGUUGAAGCAUGAGUUCUUGAAGGGCUGCCAAUCUUUCGGUAUAAUUACAAGGAAAUAAGGAGAAAUUGUUGUAUAUUUUUGAAAGAUAUUUGCCUAAAAAUAGCAACAAGUUACCGUUCCAGAAUUUUUGUAAAAUGUUCAAGCCAUUUGAUGCUGAAUGGGGUAGAGAAAUGGAAGUAAAGAAGCCUCUAUAUCAGAAAGGAUUCCCUAAAGAUCGCAAGAAGGUGUUCGGCUUUGUUACGAAUCAGGUAAUUGUAAGACUUCUGGCAAGACAUGUUAAAGCAGAAUUGCAAUUCCGUGCUCUACAAAAACAUUGAAAUGCAACAAUUGAUGAUCCUCAGAGAUGUUUUAAGCUAAUGUCAAAACAAAAUUCUGGUAAUCGCCUUGUGAGGCAAAGAAGUAUCCUGAAAAACCCAAUCAAAAAUUUAAGUUGAAAGAAUGGUACUCCUGGCAGAAGCACUAAGCCAAGUUCUGGAAGAACCAAGGAGCCUGAAGAACGAGUUUAUGAGUACAUCGACCAAGAAAUUAUCCUUAAAAGAUUUCAACAAUUCUCUAUGGAUGUUGAAACCAAUGAUAUUGGGAUGCUAGUCGAGCUCUACGACAGAUCUGGGACCAAUAGGAUUUCAUAUGUAGACUUCCUCUACCAACUCCUUGGGAUUGAAUAA